GAAGAAAGGAGAGGAGCAGAAUACCACCAGGACGCUCACGACCCGGCUCCAAAGUCCCUGGCAAUUUGUAUUGACCAUCAAGACAUUUAUUGGAAAUCCAGUGGAAUGUUGAUGAGGAAACUUUGACCCUAUACUCACUGGAAAACAACCCUCAGGACAAACAUCUUGCGAUAAGGAUCCAGACCAAAGCAAAUAAAGUGUGGGGAUAUGAGAAGGCGUAUGUUGAGCCUGCCGUGUGCCUUUGACUGAGGAAACGCCUUGUCGUGAAAGAACCUCCCUCACUUCACAAUGAAGGCCAUCACUUUGCUCUGUUUCCUGAUGGCUGCCGAGGUCGAGGCCUCUCGGUUCAUCCGGGACUCCCCGCCUGUGCCCGACACUUCUGAAGUCUUCAAGAAUAAUGCCUCCAUCCCACGCCUGCUCCCACAGCCGGCCCGCCCAAGGGGCUCUUUCCCCCCCAUGUGCAUAAAGCCCACAGAGAUUAAGCAUGCCUUCAAGUAUGUGAACACCAUUGUGUCCUGCCUGAUCUUUGUGGUCGGGAUCAUUGGCAACUCCACCCUCCUCAGAAUUAUAUACAAAAACAAGUGUAUGAGGAAUGGACCCAACGUCCUGAUUGGCAGCCUGGCACUGGGGGACCUUCUUUAUAUCGUCAUUGCCAUCCCUGUCAAUGUUUAUAAGCUAAUAGCAGUAGACUGGCCAUUUGGAGUCCAUGUCUGCAAAAUGAUACCAUUCAUCCAAAAAGCUUCAGUGGGCAUCACCGUCCUCAGCCUGUGUGCUCUAAGUGUUGACCGCUACCACGCAGUAACGUCAUGGAGCAGGGUGAAGGGGAUGGGCAUUCCUUUGUGGAAAGCAGUGGAGGUGAUUCUGAUUUGGGUGAUUGCUUUGCUGCUGGCAGUCCCCGAGGCACUUGCGUUCGACAUGCUGGAAAUGCCAUACAGAGGAAACAAGCUGCGUGUGUGUCUGCUGCAUCCAGAGCAGACCUCUGACUUCAUAAAAUUUUACCAAGCUGUUAAAGACUGGUGGCUGUUUGGCUUCUACUUCUGCCUCCCACUUGCCUGCACGGGAAUCUUUUACACCCUCAUGUCCUGCGAGAUGCUGAGUCGCAAGAGAGGCAUGCGGAUUGCACUCAACGACCACAUGAAACAGAGGAGGGAAGUGGCCAAGACAGUGUUCUGCCUCGUGCUGAUUUUCGCUCUGUGCUGGUUGCCACUUCACCUAAGCCGAAUUCUGAAGAAAACAGUCUAUGACCAAAAUGACCCCAACCGCUGUGAACUCCUCAGCUUCCUCUUAGUGAUGGAUUACAUUGGCAUCAACAUGGCUUCCCUGAACUCAUGCAUCAACCCCAUUGCCCUCUACUUUGUUAGUCAGAAGUUCAAAAACUGCUUCCAGUCUUGCCUGUGCUGCUGGUGCUAUGGAACAUCUACACUGGAUGAACGAGGUUCUGGCCCAGGGUGGAAGGGCUCCUGCCAUGGCAACGGACUCGACCGCUCCAGCUCUCGCUCUAGUCAAAAAUACACAAGCGCCUCAUAAAUGCGCACAUGGUUAACAUGCUCUUCUUUUCUUACAAACUCCAUAUCAGAAUUAGCAACGAGGACAGAAGGGAUAUCGAAGCUAGGUAGAUGUCUUCUAGAUUUGAGUCUGAAGUGGAAUGAAACGCAUCCAAGGAUUAGGCCAAACUGGACUGGACCUGCAGAAGGACAAACACCAAGGUUUCGUGCUUUCCUUCACAUUCCACACUGAGGCUGAAUGUUGCUCCGUGGUUGCGAAAUACUUUUAUCAAGUCACGUGGGAAUGUCUGUACAGUAUUUAUUCCACGCAAAAUUGCAGACACUUCCGUGCAUCCACGUACACACAAAGUACGUACAGUAUAGCCUAUGUUGAAAGCAAAAUGGGAAAAGAUGAGCCUCUGCUAUUGCUUUAAAAAAAAAGGAUAAUUAUGCUUCUAGAUAUUAAUCCAAUCGAUAUGUAAAACUGAACACUAUCAAUGCCCGUGUGACUUCAAGAUCCUACCAGAGAAAUUAUGCUUAUUGUCAAAUGGAGGGCAGCUGUUGUGAAGGAAUUGUAUGUUAUUUUGUGAAACAGAGGCUGUUAUUCCGUCAUUAUUCAUGUUUGUUGCUUGUUCCAACUGUGUAUAGCAUCUCAAUAUAUGACAGGUUUUGUUGCCAAGUAAAAUUAGAUUCUAUGGUCCUCAAGCGGUGAGCAGUUGUUAUUUUUGCUUGUGUCGCUAUGUAGUUGCUUUAUCUGCAACGUUCGCUUCACUUCAGGGGGAUCAAUUUCAAAGUUGUUGUAUUCAAUGUAACAGACUGUGAUGUGUUUUUAAGAAACACUUUUUGCUUCCGCCUUUAUGAAUCUAUUUUUUAUACCUUUGUCAUUCUAUUGAAAUCAUUGCAAAGACUGGAAGUACCAUUUGAAAAUUGGCUUUUCAAAAGGAGAGCGCUUGUAAUGUGAAAGAUGGAUGUAGCAAGAUUAUCUUAAACGCGCUCAACAUAUAGGAAAAAAAAAACAUUCAGUGCUAUCAUACAGUGCACUAUAUAUAUAUAUAUAUAUAUAUAUAUAUAUAUAUAUAUAAUUUUUUUUUAAAUGGUGGGACACUUGGCUAUUACACCUGGUGAAUGCAAUAAAACUGACAAAACUUUCUACAAGAUGUUGGACUAUUUUUUUUUUCUGAAUAUUUUUAGGGAGAUAGGAAUGAGGGUUCAGAGGUCAUUAUGUUGAUAUUUGAUGGAAGCUUCCACAGUGAGUUUAAGUUUGAAAGUUCCAAAUUCAUCUAACAUCAACUGUUUUGAUGGACCUUGUUUUGUGCAGUGUGGCUUUUGUCAUGCUGGAUGAUAAAAAAAUAAAUAAAAAGGCAUUCACCAAACAGUUAAAAAUCACAGAAUUGUCUUCUCGAUACUCUAGAACAGGGGUGUCAAACUCAAAUUUUGUCACGGGCCACAUUGUAGUUAUGGUUUCCCUCAGAGGGUCGUUAUGACUGUGAAACCAUAAAAAUCUUUCACCGCCUCACCAUAUUUAUACGUGAGAUUUACAUUUGUAAUCAGAGAUGAACGGUACUUGGUUUUCAAUCAUUGAAGGUAUGCAUCAUUUGCCUUCAUGGGCCACAUUAAAAAAAGCCGGUGGGCCGGAUUUGGCCCCCGGGCCUUGUGUUUGACACCUGUGCUAUAGAUGAAGUCGAUGAGUGUAGUCUAUGUAUUGGAAAAUUGUGGGAAGUGAGAACAAACGUGAAUGCUCAUGCAACAGAAACAAAUAAAUGUUGGUCUUAAUCAGUUAACAUUACUGUACUCAUAUUUCCAGAUUCAUGUGAGCCCUAUUGGACCAACAUUCAUUUCCAAAAUGGCCGUGCCACGAAAUUGAAAACUUUUAAGAGACUGAACGAAGAUUCAGAACAUCUAGAUGUUCCUGAAAAAACAACUACAUCACAUAUUUUAGUCUAAUAACAACCUUUGUGGGGGUGACUAUGCAAUGGUUAUGAUACUUCUAAAGUUACUGUGUUGUAUGAUUCAUAUUUUUUUUGACAUUAUGUGAAAAAAAAAACCCCACCCCUGAUUUAGUCAUUCCAGUGUGCCAAAUCUCACAAAACAAGGUUGAAAUGAAUCUUGUUUAAUUGCUGGUGUUAGUCAUAAGUGUUAAGAGUAUGUUUACUUUAUUUUUUCAAUUAUUUGUGUACUGCUUUUAAACUUGUUCCCUAUUCUGGUAUAAUCAGAGAUCACGUGCUAGAUGCCCACCAGCAACUUGUGUAAUCUCUUGGAGUGAAUACUUUUUAGCACCAAUCAUUUGGAAAUUUAGCAAUUCAAGUCCUUUGUCUAUAUAGCGUACCAAGAAAAUAAGAUUUGACCCUUAAGUGUGAUGAAAUUCUGUGCAUAUAAAAUGCCAUUUGUUUUUGUCCAGUUGGCUAAAUGAUUGAGAAGGUCAUGAAACAGGUUUCUACCCAUGCAU